CGUCUCACCGCCAGAUGGCGCAUUAAUGCAAUCUCCAGGGAAUUCUCGCCUUCAUUGUGUCAACACCCCGGGGCACACUUCACCCAAUCCGGUGAAGCGGGGUAUAAAUCCCUAGUCACUAGAGCCUGCGACACUCAGAAACCCUCAUAGGAGCGAGGACGAAUUGCGGCUGACGGGGGAGAAAUUACAGCGAUCGGGAAUGGAUACUGCGCAAUUCAGCUGGUCAGCCUACGGCGCGAUGAGCAGCAAAGGCCAGGGUACGAGCGGGGUCAGGAAAAGCUCAUUCAGCAUCGAGGCGAUCCUCUCCCGGGGUAGCCCGGAACCCAUCCAGCGGAGCAUGGGGACGCAGUGGGCGCCCAUGCACACAGCAGCAACCGCCUCGCCGAUGUGGCCUCCAGCUGGUUACUUAACUACCAACACGCCUUAUCCGCAUUUUUACAUGAGUUACCAGCCGCAGGACGAGAACAGCGACGUGCAUUAUAACAACGGAUACGCUGCUUCCUGUGGAAAAUUAAUAUCUAGGAGGAAUUACGUGCGGAGAACCUGUAGGCGGAUCCGGACCAUCUUCACGGACGAGCAGCUGAAGAAGCUGGAAGAAGUUUUCAGCAAGCAGCGCUACAUGACAGGGACGGAGAAGGUGCUGCUGGCGUCCGCGCUGCAGCUCUCUGAGACGCAGGUCAAAGUGUGGUUCCAAAACCGGAGGACGAGGUGGAGAAAGACCCAGGAGGACGACGACAAGACUGGCGGCUCCACGGAGACCAGCGGCACCAAACAGGGCGCAUCUGAACGAGACAGCGGCUCCUGGUCUCCGUAACGAAAAUUCAGAGAUAAGAUGCCGUAAUGCUAUGCGCGGUUUUACGAGUACUUGAGUAUUCUUGUUAAGCAAGAAAGUUGUGUUAUACUGUAAACUAGCUAAUUUGAUGUAACUCCACUGUGUGGAGCGACACGAGUAUGUUUUCUUCUUCAAUAAAAUGCUUCUCUAAUAAA